CAACAAAAGGCACACCAAAAAAAAAUCUCACUACUGAUCAUCACAUUCAUCAGUGGAGUGCAGCUAGCUAGCUAGAGCUAAGCCAAUCGAGAUGAUCGGGUGGGGCGACGUGUACAAGGUAGUGGCGGCCAUGGCGCCGCUCUACUUCGCGCUGGGCCUCGGCUACGGCUCCGUGCGGUGGUGGCGCCUCUUCACCGCCGACCAGUGCGACGCCGUGAACCGCCUCGUCGCCUGCUUCGCCGUCCCCUUCUUCGCCUUCGACUUCGCCGCCCGCAUCGACCCCUUCGCCCUCAGCUACCGCGUCCUCGCCGCCGACGCGCUCUCCAAGCUCGCCGUCGCGCUCGCCCUCGCCGCCUGCGCCGCCGCCGCCUCCACCCGCUGCUGCGGCUCCGGCGGAGGCAAGCGCGGCGGCGGCGGCGGGUUCUCGUGGUGCAUCACUGGGUUCUCGCUGGCGACGCUGAACAACACGCUCGUCGUCGGCGUGCCGCUGCUGGACGCCAUGUACGGGAAGUGGGCGCGCGACCUCAUCGUGCAGAUCUCCGUGGUGCAGACCAUCGUCUACUUCCCGCUGCUGCUGCUCGCGUUCGAGGUGAGGCGCGCCACCACGGCGGCGGCGGCGCCGCCGCCGCCGCCGACGGGGACCGACGACGACGACGUGGAGGACGGCGCCGCCGCGGCGGCGACGGCGGCGGCGGCGAGGCGGUCGCUGUGGCCGCUGGUGAGAGCGGUGUGGCUCAAGGUGGCGCGCAACCCGAACGUCUACGCGGGCGUUCUUGGCGUCGCGUGGGCGUGCGUCACAAACAGGUGGCAUGUCGAAACGCCAAGCAUCAUAGAGGGGUCAGUGCUGAUCAUGUCCAAGACCGGGGUUGGACUCUCCAUGUUUAGCAUGGGUUUGUUCAUGGCGUUGCAGGACAAGAUCAUCGUCUGCGGCGCCGGCCUGACCGUGCUGGGCAUGGCGCUGCGGUUUGUCGCCGGCCCGGCCGCCACCGCCGUCGGCGCCUUCGCCCUCGGCCUCCGCGGCGACCUCCUGCGUCUUGCCAUCAUACAGGCUGCGCUUCCUCAAUCCAUCACGACGUUCGUGUUCGCAAAGGAGUACGGCCUGCACGCCGAAAUACUCAGCACAGCGGUUAUAUUCGGGACACUGGCGUCAUUACCGGUGUUGAUCGUGUACUACAUUGUUCUAGGCUUCAUACGAUGAUCGGAUUAAGUUUUUUUUUUUGUUUUUGUUUUUUGGCACGUCAGAAUCAGAGUGCAAUGCAAAGUAGCAUGGCAUGCCAUCAAGCUUUGUAUCACUAUUGAUCGAGCUAUGUACUUACAGAAUCUGUACUUCUGAUCUUAGGUAAAUAAUAUUAAGCACUAUUUACUCGAUGAA